UGUCCAGUGUUGACGUAAUGGCAAAGGAAGGUGAUCUUGUCAACCUGUUGUGUUCUGCUCAAGGGGAACCACCGAUCACUUUCAGUUGGGAAAAAGAUCAGACGUCACUGGAUGGAUUCAUUGUAAAGGACAUGCCUCAUCGUAGUUCCUUACUCGUCGUAACAAUGAAAGACGAAACAAGUUUUGGAAAAUAUAUUUGCAAUAUUCAAGAUCGAUUUACAAAAACUGCUCAUAAUAUUUCAGUUGUGAAACUUACAGCUCAAGAAGAGUGCGAAGGUUGCGGAAAUCAUCUUGUGGGAAUUAUAGUAUUAAUAAUUCUUCUGGUCAUUUUACUCAUUAUUAUUGCUUAUUUAUUGUUUCACCGAGUUCAUCGUCUCAAAUCGUCAAGCACUACGGGAAAUUUGGAGAGGAAGACCAAAGACAGUUCCAAAGAUAUUUAUGAAAAUCCUAACAAAGAUGACGUCAACAAUUAUGAACAAGUGGAAAAUGAACAGUCGACGUAUACAGCUCUUAAAAGACCGGGAAAGGACGAAGAUGAUCAUGUUUAUAGUCAUCUGAAUCAAAGACCUCAAGAAUACGAAAACCAGAAGGAAACUGGAUUAUAAAGAGGCUUUUGCACGGAACAUUUACAAUAAACUUAAGAUUAACAUUUCCAUAAUGAAAUAAAAACGUCCAGGUGUUAUCUAUAAUCUAGUUAAGACCACCUGUUGGUUUAAGUUAAUAUUUCGACCUGAACGUUUUACUUAAUUUUAAUAAUUAACCCAUCGACAACAAAUUUGGUCUAGAGAGGAUCAUUUCUCUUAAUAUAACAUGCACGACCAUGUCAUUUAUACAUAGCUUUUGAGAAAGAUGACAGAUUUUGAUUGAUGUCGUUAUUUACAG